GAGCCCUCUACAGGGAUGUGAUGCAGGAGAAUUAUGAGGCUGUGANCUGGCUGGGAUCUCCAGUCUCCAACGCUCAUCUGCUCUCCUGGGUGGAGCAAAGGGAAGAGCUGCAGAUCCCAGAUCUCCAAGGCUGUGAGGAAGGGGAGAUCAUUAGUGACACCUGCACAGGUGAUGGGAUGCUGAAUGACAACAAUGAGAGGAGUCUUCAGGAGGAAGGACCUGAGCGAAUGGCUUCUUGUGGGGUGUUAGUGGAAAGAUGUGAAGGCCAUGUUUCUCAGAGUCCUGAGCAAGUAGAGACUUGUGAGAAUCAGCGUAGCCUACAAAGGCAGCAGAGGCAUCAAGAAAACCAUCCAAGAGCAGAACAGGAUAAAUCCAGACACAGGAGCAGAAGGAAAUGCUGCCGUCAGAGGUCACACCUUGUUAUCCAUAAGAGAACUCUCACAAGAGAGAAAUCCUUCAACUGCUCUGACUUUGGGAACUGCUAUAGCGAGAGUUCAAGCUUUGUUGCAUAUAGUUGA